GGUGCGGAGGCUGCGGGGACCAGAGCUGUGAGACCCGCCAAGAGGCGCGGCGGCGGCGGUGGCGGCGGCGGCAUCGGCGCCUUCUCUCCGUGGAGCUUGAAGCUGGGCACGCUGGGGACCAUGCAGAGGGCUGGGGCCGGGGCCCGCAGGGCCUCCGACUGCGGGCCUGCACCCUACCGGCCCAGGUGCAUUGCCAAGUUUGCCCAGUACGUGGGAUCCUUUCCUGUGGACGACUUGGACACUCAGGAGAGCGUGAGCCUUGUCCAGCAGCAGCUGUGGGCACUGCAGGACUGUUCCCGACGCCGGGCUGUCAUCCUGAAAUUCAGUCUUCAGGGUCUCAAGAUCUACAGUGGGGAGGGUGAGGUGCUCCUGAUGGCCCAUGCCCUGAAGCGCAUCCUCUAUGCCACCUGGUGCCCUGCUGCCUGUCAGUUUGCUUUUGUUGCCCGGAACCCGCGCAGCCCAGCCAGCAAGCUCUUCUGCCACCUGUUUGUGGGGAGCCAGCCUGGAGAGGUCCAUAUCCUGCACCUGCUGCUCUGCCGCUCCUUCCAGCUUGCUUACCUCUCGCAGCACCCUGAGGAGAGGGCACAGCCUGAGCCUGUGGGGGACAUGUCCCCGAAGCCACUGUGUAGCCCUGGGGCACCCCCUGCCCUGGUGCGGGAGCCCUUCAGCCGGGACCAGCUGUCACAGAACGUCCAUGCCCUGGUCUCCUUCCGACGGCUUCCUGCCGAAGGGCUACUGGGCAGUGGUGGGAAGGAACUGCCAGAGCCAGAGGGCCGAGGGGGCACCCGUCACACCCGCCUGGGGAACCCCUACUGCUCGCCCACACUGGUCCGCAAGAAGGCCAUUCGCAGCAAGGUGAUCCGCUCUGGGGCCUACCGAGGCUGCACCUACGAGACCCAGCUGCAGCUCUCAGCCCGGGAGGCCUUUCCUGCUGCAUGGGAGGCAUGGUCCCGAGGCCCUGGUGGCCCCUCGUGCCUGGUGGAAAAUGAGGGUAGCCUGACAGAGAACAUCUGGGCCUUUGCUGGCCUCUCCAGGUCCUGUGCUCUAGCCCUUCUUCGGAGGGAUGUGCAUGGGGCCUUCCUGCUGUGGCCGGAGCCAGGUGCCAGUGGCCAGUGGAACCUGUCUGUGCGGACUCAGUGUGGCGUGGUGCCUCAUCAGGUCUUCAGGAACCACCUGGGCCGGUACUGCCUAGAGCACAUACCAGCAGAAUUCCCCAGCCUGGAGGCCCUGGUGGAGAGCCACGCAGGGAUGGAGCGCAGUCUCUUCUGCCCACUCAGCAUGGGCCGUCUCAACCCCACCUACGAAGAACAGGACUGUGGCCCUGAGGGCAGGCUUCCACGGACUCUGCGGCCCCUCAGCCAUGCCAAGUCCGAGGCAGAACUGCAAGGCCUAGGCUAGGACGCAAGCCCUCAGUCCCCUGUGGGCCCAGCCUUGCCUUGGCCCCUGAUCUGCAGCAGUCACUCUGCCCUUCUUGCACCCCAUUCCCUGGCCGCCAGCUUCAAACAGGUCAUUCUGCCCCUCAAUCGGUCUUCCAUCACUUCACUGUCCAUGGGAGAGGAGCCUGAGGUUGGAGUUGGAGAUACCAGGAUCUCUCCCAGGACCUGGGGGCAGCUGAGACACCAGCAUCAGCAGGUAUAGCCAGGGAUCUGGUAAUGCUCGGUGACUUUGGGUAUUGACCAUUGCCAGGUUUCCACUGUCCUUGUGCAGAGGCUUUCCCAACAGUUUGUGGAUGUGGGUGCAGCCCUUGCUGGGGGAGACUAAGCCUCUGCUGCAUGGGACCCCAGAAGCUCCCCAUAGCAGCCAGAUGCUUAGAGAGUUGCAGAGUUGACACUCUGAGUUCAUUUCCUGGAGUCAUUCUGACUGGGGCCAGCAAUGAACAAAUCGCAGUCUUUUGGAAGCCACCUCAUGCUGGUGUUUCCUGAGCACUAAUGUAAGCCCCACAGAGGGUGUGGCCUUAGCAACAGGAGGUCCAGGGACACAUUCUAGAGGAAGUGGCCCAAGCAGCAAAUGACAAAUCCAAGUGUUCCUUACAUCAACUCUGUAGAAUAUAUAAGUCUACCCAAAAGAACAGACUUCUUAGUCAGGUGGUGGCGGCGCAUUCCUUUAAUCUCAGCACUCAGAAAGAAGAGGCAGACAAAUCUCUAUGAGUUUGAGUGCAGCCCGGUCUAUAGAGCAAGAUCCAGGACAGCCAGGGCUUCAGAGAGAAACCCUUUAAAAAAUAUAUUUCUUUGGAAGCAGAGGUGUAGGCAUCAGUGAGAAGAUGUCUUGUUUGGUGCCUUGGAUGCCACAGGUUUCAGUGGAAGCCUCAGGUUCUGGGUUUUGGAUCCCUUGUGACAGGGGCAGCUUCUGCAGAACAGAGAGGAGACAAACCUGAGAAAAUAAAAUGGCAGGCCAGGCCUGGUACUUUCAGCCGGAGUACAUCACCCAAAUCCCCCAAACUAGGAUGAGCCCAUAGCUCAGGACCCUGCCAUUUCUUCCAAGUCUUGUGAGGGGUGGAGAGAAAGCUGUCUGUGAGGCCCUUUCACAGGAGACACCACCACCUCGACUGUGGGUGGUGUCCCUUCCAUGGUCAUGCCUACCAGCAUGUCCACUCAGUGAGUAGGGCCUGGGCCCCACGGGAGAAGAAGAAUUAGCAUAUCCUGUGCCUAACCCCAGAGAGUUACACCUAAGGAAACCUGGUAACUGGCCCAGACUUUAGGCCAGGGCUCACCUACAAGAGGCUGUGUUCACAGUAUGAAUUGCCAAUGUGUACAAUACCAGGGGAUAUUCAACCUGUCCAUGGGUCCAGCCUUCCCCACGCCCUUUAACAUUUCUUCCAAAGCAUUUAUUGAUCGCAUGAUACAAACGGAACAGCCUGGAACCCACGUGUUCAGACUAUCAGAUCACAGUUCUGUCUUUGUAAACCAUCACCACAGCUCUCCUGUGUGGACUUUGAGACAAAUAAAACACGUUUCUUU